CCCCUCUCAUGUUAAAAAAAAAAUCCCCAAUUCCGUUUCCCUCCCCAAUUUUAAACCAUCGCCAGUCGCACCGAGACACCGACCUUCUCUAUCAUCUGUAAAAGCGAGUCGAAAGAAAGCUAAAACGCAACGGCAGAAAAACGAAACAGCGGAAGAGAAACAAGCGACACAAAAAGAGAAGAAAACUAGAAGAAGAAACACAGAGUGGCUAGCACGAUGAUUAAAUUUUUCAACAGAGGGAAGGAAAUAGCCACCGAUUCCUCACCGUCUUUUUCUCCGUCCGUCUCUUCGACGCCUCCCUCUUCGUCUUCUCCAGUGACGGGUCCUGCCAGGCCUAUCCGGUUGGUCUACUGCGAUGAGAAGGGCAAAUUUCGUAUGGAUCCGGAAGCCGUGGCUACGUUGCAGCUCGUCAAGGAACCUAUUGGCGUCGUUUCGGUGUGUGGCCGGGCUCGUCAGGGCAAAAGCUUCAUAUUAAAUCAGCUUCUUGGGAGAAGUAGUGCAUUUCAAGUGGCAUCGACCCACCGACCGUGCACAAAAGGUCUUUGGUUGUGGAGUACACCGAUAAAGAGAACUGCUAUUGAUGGGACUGAAUACAAUCUUUUGCUACUAGAUAGCGAAGGGAUAGAUGCUUAUGAUCAGACGGGAACAUACAGCAUUCAGAUAUUUUCCUUAGCCGUCCUCUUAUCUAGCAUGUUCAUUUAUAAUCAGAUGGGUGGUAUAGAUGAGGCUGCACUUGAUCGUCUCUCUCUAGUCACCCAAAUGACAAAACACAUUCGCGUCAGAUCCUCUGGAGGGACUACGGCUUCUGAACUCGGGCAACUCUCCCCAAUCUUUGUUUGGCUUCUAAGGGACUUCUACUUGGACCUGGUCGAGGAGAAUCAGAAAAUAACGCCUCGCGACUAUCUAGAGCUUGCUUUGCGUCCUGUUCAGGGUAGCGGAAAAGAUAUAGGUGCAAAAAAUGAGAUUCGAGACUCCAUUAGAGCUCUUUUUCCAGAUAGAGAAUGCUUUACACUUGUGAGGCCUUUAAACCGGGAAAAUGAUCUCCAGCGACUGGAUCAAAUUUCGCUCGACAGACUAAGGCCUGAGUUUAGAUCUGGGCUGGAUGCAUUGACAAAAUUCGUGUUCGAGAGAACAAGGCCCAAGCAGCUUGGGGCUACUGUGAUGACAGGUCCGGUUCUUGUUGGUAUUACAGAGUCUUAUCUGGCUGCUCUGAAUAAUGGUGCAGUUCCAACAAUAUCCUCUUCAUGGCAGAGUGUUGAAGAAGUGGAGUGUCGCAAAGCAUUUGACUCUGCUACGGAGUCUUAUUUGUCUAGUUUUGACCGCUCAAAGCCAAUUGAGGAAGUUGCUUUGAGGGAAGCACAUGAUGAGGCUGUUCAAAAAGCAUUAGCUGUCUUUAGUACAAGUGCUGUUGGGGUUGGUUCAGCUAGGAAGAAGUAUGAGGGCCUUCUCCAGAAGUUCUUCAAAAAGGCAUUUGAGGAUUAUAAGAGGAAUGCAUUUAUGGAGGCAGACUUACAAUGUUCAAGUGCCAUACAGAGCAUGGAAAAGAGGCUUAGAGCGGCUUGCUUUGCUUCCAAUGCAAACAUAGAUAAUGUUGUGAAAGUUCUUGAUGCCCUUCUAUCGGAGUAUGAAGCAUCUUGCCAUGGCCCAGUGAAAUGGCAGAAGUUAGCAGUUUUCCUUCAACAAAGCUUGGAUGGCCCAGUUUUUGACCUUGCCAAGAGGCUUGCUGAUCAAAUUGGAUCAGAAAAGAGUUCUCUCCUGUUGAAAUACCGAUCUAUCGAAGAUAAGAUGAAGUUGCUUAAUCAGCAAUUAGAAGCUAGCGAGAAAUACAAAUCAGAAUAUCUGAAGCGAUAUGAUGAUGCUAUUAAUGAGAAGAACAAGCUUUCUGCUGACUACGUUGGCCGCAUAACAAAUUUGCAGAGUAAUUACAGUUCACUGAAUGAGAGGUGUUCUAGCUUGAUGAAAGCAUUGGAUUCUGCCAGGCAAGAGACUUCGGACUGGAAAAGAAAAUAUGAUCAGCUGAUUUCAAAGCAGAAAGCUGAGGAGGAUCAGGCCAGUUCAGAAAUUGCACUUCUGAAGUCCAGGAGCAGUGCUGCGGAUGCAAGGCUGGCUGCUGCUCAGGAGCAAGUUAAGUCUGCUCAAGAGGAGUCAGAUGAGUGGAAACGGAAGUAUGAUGUUGCCGUUAGAGAAGCAAAAGCUGCUCUUGAGAAGGCAGCAAUUGUUCAAGAACGUGCCAAUAUGGAAACGCAACUUAGAGAGGAUACACUACGAGAGGAGUUCUCCGGCAGUUUGGCUGCAAAGGAGGAUGAAAUAAAGGAGAAAAAGGCAAGGCUUGAGCACGCUGAGCAGUGUUUGACAACUCUAAAAUUAGAGUUGGAGGCUGCAAGGUCAAAAAUGAAGAGCUAUGAUGUGGAGAUAACAUCACUGAAACUUGAAAUCAAAGAGUUGGGUGAAAAGUUUGAGACUGUUAGUGCUAAGGCCCAAUCAUUUGAGAGAGAAGCAAGGAUAUUAGAGCAGGAGAAGAUCCAUCUGGAGCAAAAGUACCAAUCGGAAUUCAAGAGGUUUGAUGAAGUCCAGGAACGAUGUAAACUUGCUGAAAAGGAAUCUAAGAGGGCAACUGAAUCGGCUGAAAAAGCUCAGUCUGAAGCCGUUGCAGCACGGAGAGAAAUGAAUGAGAUUCAGAAGUUGGCAAUGGAAAGAUUGACCCAAAUUGAGAGAGCAAAUAGGACUCUUGAAAGUUUGGAGAGAGAGAAAACUGACUUGAUGAAUGAAUUAGAUAGAGUACGUGUAUCCGAGAUGAAUGCGCUUUCCAAAGUUACAACUCUAGAGAUAAGAGUUGAAGCAAGAGAGAAAGAAAUCGAGUCAUUAUUGAAGUCAAACAACGAGGAUAGGGCAACUAAUGUUAAAGUCCUUAAAAAUCUUCUGGAAGAGGAACGUGCAGCCCAUGGUGUUGCAAACCAUAGGGCAGAAACCUUGUCUAUUCAAUUGCAGGACGCACAGACAAAGCUUGAUGCACUCCAACAACAGUUGACUGCAGUUCGUUUCAAUGAAACAGCACUGGACGGUAAGCUUAAGACUACUUCCCAUGGGAAACGUCUGAGAGAGCAUGACUUUGAAGUGGGUGUGGGUUCUGUUCAAGACAUGGGCACAAAUGACAAAAGUUUAAGAGGAAAUAAGAGAUCUAGAAGCACAACAAGCCCUUUAAAGCACAAGCAGCCGGAAGAUGGUGGUUCUGUGUUCAUGGAUGAUGCAGACACUCAGAGUCAAAAUACUGAUCAAGAAGACUACACCAAGUUUACUGUGCAGAAACUUAAGCAGGAGCUCACGAAGCAUAAUUUCGGUGCUGAGCUACUUCAGUUGAGGAAUCCCAACAAGAAAGACAUCAUUGCUUUGUAUGAGAAAUGUUUUCUCCAGAAGUCUUGACAUUCCAUUGGGCUUGUACAGCUUGAGUGCAUGUAACGUAUUUGCAAUUUAAUUGUUCCUGCGGUUUGUUAGCCUAGACUUGAAAGGUAGUUUAAUAGUCUGCUUCCUUGAAAUUCUCUUCAGUUUUAGCGCAGGGUAUAUGAUUUUUGUGUGAUAAGAGGAUUCCAUCAUUCUACUUUUUUACUAACAUGAGCAUUUUCUUUAGCAUUUGACAUAGGUUGGAACUGUUCCCUGAAUUUGAAUUAGUAGUGAUUGUACAAUACUUGGUUUGUUUGAUUGUGUUUUAUUUUAAGUUGGAUUGAUUGAAUUCA